UGAGUUUACUAAAGGAGGCCUGUUUAAAGCGAAUAUUAUAGAGUUAAAAGACCAGAAUUACUUCUGAGAAAUCGUGAAAAAAUAUUUUCAAGAGUACUCUUUUCUCCGGUAUAGGCCCAAACACUAAAGUCAUGGAUUCUGUUAAACCAUUGCACCUCGGUAGUAGUUUGAAAGAUUUGGAGGACAUGUAUAAAUUAAGUAAAUCCAUUACCGGUAAAAAGGCUUUGCAACUGUGUUCUAGUGCGAGUAAGCUUAGGGAACAAGCUGACCGAUAUUACAUACAGCGAGACGAAGAAAAUGCUUAUGUUUGUUACAUGAAGUUUCUAAAUCUUUUGGAAACAAUCAAAAAAAGUAAAGAGUACCCUGAAAAAAAAUCUCAAAUUCAGAGCAUUAUUGGUACAAACGCGCAAAUUACUCAAAUUUUCGAUAAAUUGGAGAAAUUAAACGAUAGCCUUAAACGACGGUAUACCAGUCUGAAUACAGAGCGGGAGCGAGAAAUGAAUAAAGCUCGCGAUCGCCGGGAUAAUAUAUCAACCAUAAUUUCAGUUAAGCAUUCAAUAGAUGCUAAAGAAUUAUUUGAUAUGAUCAAUGACCGCAAGCUUAGCGUGCUUAUCAUGGACUGUCGAUCGGAUGAGGAUUUCCAAAAAUCUCGAAUUAAGUAUGAUCAUGUCGUGAAUGUACCAGAUCAGCUUCUGGUGGCUGGAAUGACCGCUGGGAAAAUUCAUGAAAAAUUGCCCGAACAGUCCAAAACACUGUGGCAGUCACGACGAGUUAAGGAGCAAAUAGUUUUGAUAGAUUUCAAUACUGCUGGAGUUGCAGCUAAGGACUCACCAUUGUGGGUGCUGAACGAUAUCCUGAACAAUUGGGAUCAGGAUGUUACCUAUGUGAAACCUCUGAUAAAGCUAGAAGGAGGUUAUAAAACAUUCCAGUUGCACUACCCCACACAUUGCAUUAACCCUAAAUAUCUACCACCUUCUAAUGAAGUCAGUGAAGAUACCCGGAUCGAGGACAUCGAGUAUCCUAAUAUAAGCGAUAUUAGGAUGAAAGAUGACAGCUUUGGAUCACAGCCCGAUCGGCCUUACAUCGAUCGGAAUAGUAAAGCAGCAGCUUUGCAUAUUUAUGAAGCAAAAAGUAAGCCUAUUACUGAAAUUUUGGAUGAACAAGAAAAGCUUUUGAAUAAGUCAGCGCAAAAUGAUCUUGCAAUGGUUUCUACUAUAAAGAACCUUGAGCAAGUUUUGACUGAAAGAGAAAAAGCGGCCGAAAACCAGGAGCAACGUAGACUGUGUACUGAGGCAACUGAACUCCUGUAUCAGUUAAUGCAGUUAGAAAAUAAAAAGAAAGAUUAUAUUUCCGAGAAUGAUAGUUUAGGAGAACAAGUUCAGCAGUUCAAAGAAAAAGAAGGAAGUUUGCAAGAAGCGGGCGAGCAUAUUACUAUUGAUGAGGCAGCUUUAUUAGAAGAAGAAGCUAAUCGUAAAAGAAUACGGGAUGAGCAAAUGAGAAUUGAGCUCGAACGCUCUAGAAUUGCACAGGAACGUGCCGACAGGUUGAGGAUUGCUUAUGAACACAAGCGGCACUUGAAAGAAUUACAGGACGAUGAAAUACCGCAACGAAAAAUUCCACAAAUUGAUCGAUCAGCUAAACCUAGCAGCAUACAGCGUGAUUUUGCACCUGUAAUGGGGAAUGUGGGACGCGGAUUAACAGGACUGAAAAAUUUAGGCAAUACAUGCUAUAUGAAUAGUAUACUCCAAUGCCUUAGCAACACGACAUUCCUCACAGAAUACUUUACUGAAGGAACAUUUAGACAACACCUCAACGGGAAUAAUAAAACACAAGGCAGGAUUGCUGAAGAGGUAGCUGCCGUGAUAAUUACCUUGUGGACAGGAAAGUACAAAUGUAUUGCCAGUAAGAAUCUGAGGUACGUUGUUGGACAAUACGAGCGGCAGUUUGGUGGAAUUGAGCAGCAGGAUUCGCAUGAGUUUUUGACAAUUUUAAUGGACUGGCUUCAUUCUGAUCUCCAAACCGUUUCAAUGAAGAUCGAAACUAGCCUAGAGCAGCUUCCACCGUCAGAAAAAGCCUGGGUUGAAUACUUGAAAGGCAAGGAAAGCUACGUCUCCCAGCUAUUUUACGGGCAAAUCAAAAGCACAGUGAAGUGUAGACGUUGUGGGAAAGAGAGUGCAACCUAUGAGUCUUUUUCGAAUCUCAGUCUAGAACUGCCUAAUGAUGCCAAUAGAUGUCAUUUAAAUGAUUGUCUUGAAAUGUAUUUUCAUGGUGAAGAUAUCCGAGGAUGGAAUUGCCCGCAAUGUAAAGAUAAUCAAGUCGCCAUUAAAAAAUUAGACAUUUCACGACUGCCUUCGAUAUUAGUCAUCCACCUCAAAAGAUUUUACGCUGACUCGGAUGCUAUAUCCACUUUGUAUAGGAAAAAACAAAACUAUGUUAAAUUUCCACUAACGGAGUUCGACAUGACGGCCCAUAUAGCACCAUCGGAGAUUAGUCGAAAUCGAAAGUUAAGAAAUCGCCGGUACCACCUCUAUGGAGUUUCAAAUCAUUAUGGAUCGAUGGAAAGUGGUCAUUAUACGGCAUUUUGUCGAAACUCAAUCCAUCAAAAGUGGUAUAAAUUCGAUGAUCAUAUGGUGUCUAGCCUGGAUGUAUCGGAUGUCUGUUCCAGUGCCGCGUAUAUUCUUUUUUAUUCAAUGCUUCCGGAACACGUGGAUGUGCAGAUAAGAUAGAAUCAUUUCAUUACAAAAUUAUUCGUACUUGUAAGUUUCCUGGCAUGAUGUAAAUAUGAUUGGUAAUUUUGCUUUUUAUUGUUAUGUUUGGAUAUCUAUGUCAUAUGUGGUUUAUGGCGAUUAAGCUGGAAAAUUAUACUCUAUUUUGGUAUAGAGUACUGUGAUUUUAAAUCAAAAAGUGCAAGAACAUACCUAAAUAAGAGAUGUAUGUGA